CAGUGUGCGUAGAUGUCUAAUAUGAAGGUUACGGUGGAUAAAAUCCUAUCAUUAUCGGAGAGUGAUGGUGUAGAUGAGCUACAAAAGCAUCUCGCUUUGCUGUCUGAUGAUCAGCUCACAACCAUGCUUACUAAUAGUGCUCUGAAAGGGAAGGACACAGGCAUCCUGAUCAAAGCCAUAUUUAAAGGUUCACCGGUAAGUGUUUCGCAUGGCGCUAACCGCAGACUGCUUGUGUACAAGCACUGUAUUCCACUGUGUGAAUCUGGAGACCUGCAGACGGAAGUGGCAUCAGAUAUCAUUGGACUUCUGAUGUUAGAGACACACAGUCUACCUGGUCACGCAUUAGCCACGUUAGCGUCUCUAUAUGUGGAUGCCAUCAAAGUAGGUGAGAUGAAUAGUGGGAGAUCCCUGGAACUUUUCCCUACAAUUCUAACAGCUCUUGCCGCUACAGAAGCAUUGGCUUAUGGGAAAGGUGAGCUAAGUGGAGAUGAAUACAAGAAACAGCUGAUCAACAGUCUUUGCUCUAGCAGAUGGGAUCCACAGUGUGUAAUACACCUUACAACCAUGUUCAGGGAUGUUCCGUUAUCUGCUGAGGAGCUUCAGUUUUUGAUUGAGAAGAUUCUACGGAUGUUCCUCAAGUUGGAUCUUCAGGAGAUUCCACCUCUGAUCUAUCAGCUGCUGCUGCUGUCAGCCAAGGGCUGUAAGAAGUUGGUUCUAGAGGGAAUCAUCAGUUACUUCAAGAAGCAAGACCAACUUCAGAAAGAGGAGCAGAGGAAUGGAGAGAGUGAAGAUGUGGAGGUGCAGACCAUACCACAGGAUCAGCUGCGUCACGUAGAAGGAACCGUCAUCCUCCACAUUGUCUUUGCCAUUCGUCUUGACCAUGAGCUCAGCAGGGAAUUUUUAAAAAAUCUUAAGAUGGCCCACAGUGAUCCGUUGUGUCCCUUCAGUAUUGCUCUGCUGCUCUCUGUGGCUCGCAUACAACGGUACGAAGAGCAGGUAUUUGAGUUCCUGAAGGGCACCAUCACUAAGAACUUCAAGGAUGAUCAGAUUCAGCACAGCUCUAAGUUUCUGCAGGAACUGCUGCCUCAGUGUAACAGCAUCUCCAACAUGAUUUUAGACACCGUCAAAAACAGCGUGUUUGGCUGGGAUCAUGUCACUCAAGGUCUGGUGCAACUGGGGUUUAUACUUAUGGAUUCAUUUGGGCCUAAAGCCGGGGCAUUUGGGAAGGUCACAGAAGGAACAUCAAGUACGGCUAAAACGCCAAACCAGCUAGCAUGUCGACUUGGUGGACAAGUUCUCCUUGAGAGCUUCAUGAUGCAUGAACCAAUCAGAGGGGAGAUUCUAGAACAAGUCUUGAACCGACUGGUGACUAAAACGGCCUCACCUGUCACCCAUUUCAUUGACCUUCUUUCCAGCAUUGUGAUGUCUGCUCCCAUGAUCCUCUUGGAAUCUUCCUCUAAGGUCACAGAAACAUUUGAUCAGCUCUCCUACUUGCCCCUCAGCACUGUUCAGGGUCUCCUCAAAGCUGUGCAGCCUCUGCUCAAAGUGAGCAUGUCUAUGAAGGAUGCCCUCAUCCUGGUCCUCCGGAAGGCCAUGUUCUCUAGUAAUUUAGAUGGCAGGAAGUCAGCAGUGGCAGGCUUCCUGUUGCUACUGAAGAACUUUCGUAUUCUGGGGAGUUUAGCUUCCAGCCAGGCCAGUCAGGCCAUUACAUCCAGCCAGGUCCAGGCGGACGUCCACUCGCGCUAUAACACUGCCGCUAAUGAAGCCUUCUGUCUGGAGAUCCUGAGCAGUCUACGCCGCUGCCUUAACCAGCAGGCUGAUGUGCGGCUCAUGCUUUAUGAGGGUUUCCAUGAUGUCCUUCGUCGUAACUCUCAGCUGGCGAGUUCCAUCAUGCAGACCCUCCUGUCACAAUUAAAGCGAUACUUUGAACCAGAGCAAGAUCUGCUUCCACCUCUGAAGCUGGAGUCGUGUAUCAGCGCACAUGGAGAUCAGGUCUUCAUCCAGGAGCCUCUGGCUCACUUGUUGUGCUGCACGGUUCACUGCCUGCUGUGGAAUCAGAACAUACAGUCAGGUGGCAAUGUGAGCGAUGAUGAUGACGACGAAGAUGAGGAGGGUGGAGUCCAAAGUGAACUGCACGCUAUAUUGAAAAGCAUAACGAAGCGCAUGAUUAAAAGCGAACUGGAGGAUUUUGAGUUGGAUAAGUGUGCAGAAUUUUCAACAAGUUCCAGUGUUGGCGUGAAGAACAGUAUCUAUGCUGUGCUGGUGAUGGGACUGAAUGAGGUUCUCAUGGAGUACAACUUCAUCACUGCCAAUUACAAUAAGAACCAUUUUGAGGACAUACUGGAGCUGUUCAAGCGCUAUCAUAAGGUGUCUGAGAUCCUAAAGGAACGGGCAGGGAAAGGACGCCCCAUGUCCAGCAAAACCUCUCGCAGCCUGCUGUCUCUAGGCUUCAUCUCCACACUGCUCACUGCUCUUUUCAGAGACAGCACUCAGAGCCGUGAGGAGAGCCUGUCUGUGUUGCGUUCAAGCGGAGACUUCCUGCGCUACUCUGUAAGUGUGGCUCUGCAGAAGAUACAGCAGCUGGAGGAGACGGGACACACAGACGGGCCGGAGGGACAGAGCCCUGAUAAAACCUUCCGCCACCUCUGUGACAUCACCAGUGUGCUAAUGUGGCGCUACACUAACGUGCCGUCGACCGUGGAGGAUGCUGGGAAGAAGGAGAAAGGUCAGAGUGUGUCCUUACUAUGUCUGGAGGGUCUACUGCGAGUCUUCACCACUGUGCUACAGCGAUACCCGACACGCAUGAGCAACUUCCUGUCAUCUCUCGAUGUUUCCGGGGAAGGAGAGGCAGAGGGUGAAGGGUCUGAUCUGACAGAGCAAACCGCUUUCUACAUCCGCCAGUUUCAGCGAGCGCUGAUGAACCAGCUCAGUGGGGGAGAGGAGGAGUUCAACAGUAAAGAAGCUCAGUUAUUGGUCAGCAUCCUCAGCGUACUCUCACGGCAUCUCAAUCCUUCCUCUCAGCAGUUUGUGCAAAUGAUCACCUGGACUGUGAAAAUUUGUAAGGAAACCAACUUCGAGGACAUCUCUCUCACUAAGGGCUUGCUGUCACUGCUGUUCAACCUGCAUGUCCUGUAUAAAAGCCCAGUGUCUCUGCUCUGGGAGAUGUGCCAGGACAUACACAGCCAGCUGGGAGACAUCGAUCAGUUAAGUGUGAAGCUGUCAGGGUCUCAUCUCACUCCUCAGUGUUACUGUUUCAUCACGUAUGUACAGAGUGGAGAGCUGACAGCAGGAGGCCCGGAAAAAUUGAAGAAGAAGAAGAAAGAAGAUGAGGCGGUAGCAGCUGCUUCAGCUAAAGUCCUCCGUGAGACUAAAGCCAUCCCAAAUCUCAUUUUCAACAUUGAACAGUAUGAGAAGUUUCUCAUUCUUCUCUCCAAGAAAUCCAAGGUCAAUCUGAUGCAGUACAUGAAACUGAGCACUUCCAGAGACUUCAGAAUCAAUGCUGCCACAUUGGAAGCCGCGCUGCAGGAACAGCAGCAGGAUCAAAGCCAACAGACUGAAGGUUCUCAGGUUUCCGAGAAAAAUCAAGCACCAAAGAAAAAGAGGAGGAAGCAGUGAAAAAAGAGCUUCUAGUCAU